AUUCACCUGUUGGCCUCGGCAGCCAAUCAGCUACUUGAGCUCAGCCAGCGGGGCGUGGCUCUCUGACUGGAGAAGGUGUGAGGUGUGAGAGCAUUGAUUUCUGGGAAGAUCAACAAUGUCGCUGCAUCUGAAAACACACGAGAUACAGUAGGACUCUAGGGGGUCUGAGAUAGGCUUUAUUAUAAGCCUGAGGGGUUCGAAUUUGGGUGACGUCUAUUCACUGCUGUGACAAAAUGAUGCGCUUCCUGUUGCUGUUCAGCCGGCAGGGGAAGCUGCGGCUGCAGAAAUGGUUCACGCCGGUGACAGACCGGGAGAAGAAGAAGGUGAUCCGGGACAUGAUGUUGGUAGUGUUGGCCCGUCCGCCACGUUCCUGCAACUUCCUCCACUGGAAGGACCUCAAGAUCGUUUACAAAAGGUAUGCGAGCCUGUAUUUCUGCACUGGUCUGGAUAACCAGGAUAAUGAGCUGCUGACCCUGGAAGUGCUGCACAGAUAUGUCGAGUUGUUGGAUAAAUACUUUGGCAGCGUGUGUGAGUUGGACAUCAUAUUCAACUUUGAGAAGGCUUACUUCAUCCUGGACGAAUUCCUGAUGGGAGGAGAAGUUCUAGAAACAUCCAAAGUAGCUGUUAAUGUAUCGAUGGAGGAGUCUGACACACUCCAAGAGACGAUGGAGGAGUACAUGAGCAAACCUGCCUACUGAGCCACGAGAGGACGAGGAUGUCUCACAUUUCAAGACUUGAAGCAAAAGGUUUAUUACUCCGCAUCAUUUUUAUUCAGUGACUAAUAACGACUCAUUUGGCAUAAUGCCGACUUUUCAAUAUGUUUGGAUCUGCAAGUGCCUUUUUAAGCCUCAUAUUUAUUAAUCUUAGGGUUUUAUGACGGGAUAUAUGACUGAAAAGAGUCUUUAUUUAAAUAUGUUUUUGUAAUCUCAAUGGUGAUACAGGAGAGACAGAAUAGAAACUGAUGCAUUGUGUGUGAUGGUGAGUAAAUGAAGAAACACUACACAGUAAGGAAAAAUAAAGUCAAUGCUUUAUUAACCUCAGGAAUGUCACAUAUGACCACAUUUAAGAAAGAAUUACCAAAAAAAAACACAAGUGAAUCUAAGGGAUCCAACACUGAUUCUGGUUGUGUGUGUGUGUGUGUGUGUGUGUGUGCAUUGAAAGGCUGGUGAGUCACAUGUACUGGUUGUUUAUGUUGUUGAGCAACAAACUCGU